AUGAAGACCGACCUGGAGCUCGCCCUGGAUUGCGCCGUCAACGUGUACCACCAGUACGCGCUCAGGAAGCCCCUGGACGACUACCUGAGCCGCGGCGAGUUCAAGGCGCUGCUGAAGGACACGGCCAAGCCCUUCCUGGACAACACCAAGCCGCCCGGGCUGUCCGUGGAGGCCUACAUCGAGCAGCUCUUCACCAAGGCGGACAAGAACCGCGACGGGCGCCUGAAGUUCACUGAGUUCCUGAGCACGCUGUCGCUCAUGGCCAUGGACGCCCAUAAGAGAUCCCACGAGGAUCCCAAAGAGCCUGGCCACGACCAUGACCACGGGCACUGA